UUCCAUUUCAUUUUCCUUCGUCACAACUCACAACCCCACCGGGAAUUAAAUUUAAAAUCCCCCCCACUCUCUAAUCACUCUCUCUCCCUCUCUCUCUCUCUCUCUCCGUAAAACAAAUUCCCAUUUACCAAUUCCAAUUCCAAUACGUUUACUCUCUCUCUCUCUCUCGCUCUCUAUUUUCCUCGGAAUCAUCGGUGCGAUUGUUGACACACACACACACAGCAAAAUGGAAGAAGAAGCUUUCUCAAGCUUUCUUCACUCAAAUUCUUCAGUCUCUCUGACUCUCUCCGAGUUUCUUCUCUUCGCUUCAGAUCAAUGAAGACCAACUGUAACAGAUCUCUACUUCCCUGAUCUUUCGUAUAUCUCAGAUUCUCAUAUAAUCGCUAAUUGAAGAAUGUGCAGUGGUCCAGAGCGAUCAAAAUCAUCACCAUCAUCAGCAUCAUCUACGUCUCCAUCUGUGUCAACUGUAGAAACCACAUCUAACAACAAAGACAUGAAUAACCUAACUGUUCAAACUGAAGAUUCUUUUUCCAACUUGCUCGACCUUGCUGCUAACAAUGAUGUUGAAGGCUUUAAGCAAUGCAUCGAGAGGGAUGCUUCGAUUGAUGAGGUGGGACUCUGGUAUGUCCGCCAAAGAGGCUCAAAACAAGUUGUUCCAGAGAAUAGAACUCCAUUAAUGGUUGCUGCAACCUUCGGCAGUGUUGACGUUCUUGAAUUCAUACUCGUGCAUUCUGAGGCUGACGUGAACUUUUCAUGUGGCCAAGAUAAAACCACUGCCCUUCACUGUGCUGCUUCUGGUGGAUCUCUUAAUGCAGUUGAUGUUGUAAAGCUGCUUUUAUUAGCCGGUGCUGAUCCAAAUUGUACAGAUGCCAAUGGUCUUCGCCCCAUUGAUGUUGUUGUUGAUGUUGUUCCACCAAAGUUGCAGGGCAUGAGAGUGGCUCUUGGAGAGCUUCUCUCUCACAAUGCUUCUGAUGGCUCCAGUGGUGAGCGCCAUCUACGAGUGUCUAUUAGUUCCUCUGGUUCUGACUCACCAACUCUAUCUUCAUCACCAGAACAUGGGUUGCCAUCUCCUUCAGAGUUUGUAUCUUCUCCUUUGAAGUAUAAUGAUGCACCUAUUCAUUUUGCAUUGGAGAAGAAAGAGUACCCUGUUGAUCCAUCGCUCCCUGACAUUAAGAACAUUAUUUAUGCUACGGAUGAGUUCCGCAUGUUCUCGUUCAAGGUUCGUCCUUGUUCACGAGCCUACUCCCACGAUUGGACUGAGUGCCCAUUUGUGCACCCUGGAGAAAAUGCUCGUAGAAGAGACCCGAGGAAGUACCACUACAGCUGUGUGCCUUGCCCUGAUUUUCGAAAGGGGGCUUGUAGACGUGGGGAUAUGUGUGAAUAUGCUCAUGGAGUUUUUGAGUGCUGGCUCCACCCGGCACAAUACCGGACUCGGCUCUGCAAGGAUGGUACCAGCUGCAAUAGACGGGUCUGUUUCUUUGCGCACACAGCUGAGGAGCUCCGCCCCUUGUAUGUAUCUACUGGAUCUGCUGUCCCAUCACCUCGCUCAUCUGCCUCCGCUGCUAGUGUCAUGGACAUGGCUGCUGCAAUGAACCUUUUACCUGGUUCUCCGUCAUCAAUCUCUGCUAUGUCGCCUUCGCCAUUUGCUCAACCCAUGUCUCCAUCUGCAAAUAAUGGCAUUUCACACUCAUCUAUGGGCUGGCCCCAGCCAAAUGUACCAACCCUUAAUCUUCCUGGAAGCAACCUUCAAUCUAGUCGCUUGAGAUCUUCUCUUAGUGCCCGAGAUAUCCCCCCUGAGGAUUAUAAUAUGCUGUCUGAUUUUGAUGCCCAGCAACAGCUUUUAAGUGACUUGAAUUGUUUUUCACAUUCCCGGUCGAAUUCUAUCUCUGUGAAUCGUUCUGGUCGGUCCAAGACACUAACACCUUCAAACCUUGAAGAGCUAUUCUCUUCUGAGGUUUCAAUGUCUCCCCGAUAUUCUGAUGCAGCAGCUUCUGCCGUGUUCUCCCCUACUCACAAAUCUGCUCUUCUCAAUCAAUACCAACAGCAGCAGAGCAUGCUAUCGCCCAUUAACACAAAUGUUUUCUCCCCCAAAAGUGUUGAGCACCAUUUAUUGCAGGCUUCGUUUGGUGUUCCAUCCCCAGGAAGGAUGUCUCCAAGGAAUGUAGAGCCAAUCUCCCCAAUGGGCUCCCGACUCUCUGCAUUUGCUCAGCGCGAGAAGCAGCACCAACAGCUGCGCAGCCUCAGCUCGCGGGAUCUUGGAACCAAUAACCCAGCCUCAAUUGUUGGCUCUCCUGUGAAUUCUUGGGGAAAAUGGGGCUCCCCAAAUGGAAAAUUGGAUUGGUUGGCUAAUGGAGAUGAAGUGGGGCAACUACGAAGAUCAUCUUCUUUUGAGCUUGAUAACAAUGGGGAGGAGCCUGACUUGUCUUGGGUCCAAUCUCUAGUUAAGGAAUCACCACCUGAGAUGAUGAAAGAGAAGUUGGCAGUUCCGGUCUCGGGUGCUGCAGCAUCCGGUGAGGGUUUGAAUUCUAAUUCUCAAAUUGAAUCCGUUGAUCAUUCAGUUUUAGGAGCUUGGCUUGAACAGAUGCAGCUUGAUCAGCUCGUAGUUUAACGAAAUUGAAUUCUUUUUUUUACUCGAUGAGAUAGGGGAAAAAAAUUGGAAAGGUACAUACAAUUUUUUGUGGGUUACUGUUUUCUGUUCGGGAAGGUAACGGCAGGGAAGUUUGAGAUUGGUGGUGAAGGGUGAAGAAUGACGGGAUAAAGUUCUGGAAAUGAUUCAAUAUUUUUUUUACCAUUUAUUGUUUACAGCAGAAGUAUGGAGAGAAGGAAACCUCUCUCUGGGCUAAUAUUAAAGAAAACCAGUCCAGGUUAGGUAUCUCUCUUUAAAGAUAUCUGUUCUUAGGGUAAUUUUUUCUUCCUUGAACUUUCAUUUCCUUCUUAGAGGAAGCCGAAUGUUAAAUUGCAACAAAAUCAUUAGCUUUGUAACUUCUUAAAAAUGUAUCUUUUUUCUUCAAUAUUCUCUUGGGUUGAGCCAUUAUUGGUUGAACAAAGAAAAAGAUUGUGGGGGAGGUUAGGUCUCAAGAUGGGGUUCAAAAUGGUUUUCGGGGAUGUGUUUCCAUUCGAGAAUUCAAUAUUUUGUAAGGUUAGUGAGAGAAAAGUGGGGGGAAGGAAAUAUGUUUUAUUCGAUGUUGUAAAACUCAAUUAAAGUUGUUAUUAUAUCAAUACCUUUAUUUU